AUGUCCAUCCAAGUCGUUCCUCAAACUACCAUUACAGUUGGCCUUACCAAUGAUGCUACGGACCACAAGUCCCAUGCGUGUCUGAAUGAUGUGUGCCACAAGCCAGAGCCAUCGAAAGAUGAGUUACCUCAACAUUUGGUCACUGCGAUGCAGGGAAUCUUUGGAAAGCAUCCUGGCUAUCGAACAACCCAUGCCAAAGGUAUUCUUGUGGAAGGAAGUUUCACGCCAACAGAGGAAGCUAAGAGUCUUUCCACGGCCGUUCACUUCAACAAUGCCUCUACCAAAGUCAUCGCUCGCUUUUCAGUUGGUGGUGGCCUGCCUCGUGUCUCUGACGUAGCCGAUGGUGCUACUCCCAAAGGUGUCGCCAUUCGGUUCCAGAUCGAUGAUCACACACACACAGAUCUGAUCGCCCACUCCUUUAAUGGAUUUGCAACCCGAAACGGAGAAGACUUCUUGACCUUCCUCAAACUUUUUGGAAUGGAUGGGUAUACUGAAGCUAUGCUCAAGAAGGCCCAGGCUGCAGACGGUGACAUCUCCAAAGAAAAGAAAGACUAUGAUCAAGCUCACGCAGCCUUUGUGACCUUCCUUGGAAACCCCGAUCACAAGUCAGCCUUGGUUUUUGUCCAAUCUGAAAAGCCCAACCCUCACAACUACGGUACCAUCACGUAUUACGAGCCCAACACUCACGUUCUUACCAACAAAGACGGCAAAAUCACCAAUGUCAGGUACCGUCUUGUUCCUGCUGAUGGAGAGCACCUAUACCCCAACAAGACUCCCGAGGAUAAGCAAACGUUAGCAAAGCUUGGGAAUGACUACUUGGAGGACGAUCUCCGAGAGCGAUUCCCGAGCAAACCACUUGUUCUCACUAUUCAAGCACACAUUGCGGGCCCUGAUGAUGUCCUGGAUGACGCUACCAAGCCGUACACGAGUGAGGAGUACGUUACUGUUGGUAGGUUGGAGAUCAACAAGGUCUCGGAUGACAACGCUGCUCAACAACAGCAUAUUUCAUUUCAUCCGAACCCCGAGAAGGGAGGUAUUCAGGGAAUCAAGUCUUCAAAUGACCCCUUGAUUCAAGCGAGAAAGGGUGUCUACUAUAUUAGCUCGGAUCAGCGACGACACGAGACACAGUUGGAGUAG